UACAAUACUGGUUCGGCUGAACUGCCGAACCAGUUAAAAAAACUGGGCCAGAUGAUCAUGAUUGAUGAACAUGGCUCGUUUCAAACAUAUAGUCUGUGCUGUGUCAGGUGGUGUCGACAGCAGUGUUGCUGCGUUAUUGUUGAAGAGUAAAGGUUACCAAGUAACAGGACUUUUUAUGCGCAACUGGGAUGUCCUAGAUGAAACGGGAGUGUGCACCGUGGACCAAGAUGAAGAGGAUGCCCAGCAUGUCUGCCAGAAACUGGGACUACCCUUCCAUCAAGUCAGCUUUGUCAAGGAAUAUUGGCACGAUGUCUUCAGCGAGCUGCUGAAGCAAUACCAGGCAGGCAUCACACCCAACCCAGACAUCCUUUGCAACAAGCACAUCAAGUUUGAUCGGCUGCUGCAGUACAGCCGAGAUGUGCUGGGCGCUGACGCUGUGGCCACCGGCCACUACGCCAGGACAGAUGCUGGAGAGAGAAUCCUAGAAGAUGGGUGGGCAUCCAAACCCCCACUGGUCAAGUUACUUAGAGCCAUGGAUGCCACUAAAGACCAGACGUUCUUCCUCUCGCAAAUGCCCCAGUGGGCACUGCAGAGAACGCUAUUCCCUGUGGGGGAUCUGACCAAGGAUGUUGUCAGAGAGAUGGCAAGCACUGCUGGACUGGAGAGGAUUGUCAAACGGAAGGAGAGCAUGGGAAUAUGUUUCAUAGGAAGUAGGAAAUUCAAGCGCUUCAUCAAAGAGUAUUUGGAACCCAAGCCUGGUGACUUUGUCUCUCUAGAAGACAACAAGGUUAUAGGCAAGCACGAAGGUCACUUCAUUUAUACAGUUGGGCAGAAGGCCAAAAUAGGCGGAAUGAAAGAAAAGUGGUUCGUUGUGGAUAAAGUCCCUUCCUCCAAUGAAGUCAUUGUAGCUCCACACACCAACCAUCCGGCUCUGUUCUGUGAGACAAUGUUGACAGGCCCAGUUCACUGGAUACGAGAAGCUCCUAGGCAGCUUCUACAGGAGCAAAUGAUAGACUGUGACUUCCGUUUCCAAAACACUGAUCCACUAGUGCCUUGCACGUUAACACUAAGUAGUAUGGGAUCUGUAAUUGUCUCACUGAGUCAGCCACUCAGGGCAGUUACCCCUGGACAGUAUGCUGUGUUCUACCUCGGUGAUGAGUGCCUAGGAGGAGCUGUUAUAACCAAGCCAGGACCUUCUCUGUACACACUACGCCAUAGACACUACCAAACUAGAGACAGGCCAGUUCCAAUUAUAAGUCAGGGCUCCAAGUCAUGACAUGAGAGAGGCUGCUGAAGACUUCCUACCAGUAUGAACGAGAUUGAUUCCCUUGUGGACACAAAAGCAGCCAGUCCUGCAAACCUUUGACAGGGAUUGAGGGCAGAACGUCCACGUACAUGUAUGUGACCUAUGGAAUACUGGCCUGUGCUGAUUACAAAUGCUUUCACUAUGGAAAGGCCACACUAGAGUGUGGUAUGCCAUAGAAGUCACAAUCCCGAAAUUUGUAUCCUAGUGAAGACAUGGCUUUGUUCUCCAGUACUAACACGGUCGCUGUGAAAGAAUGUUUUCAAAAUGCUCCCAUUUCAACACAUGAAUCACUCUCCUGGACUAAAGUGGUGACCGCUUGUCUCGGCAUGAAACACUUCAAUUUGCGACAGAUAGUACACAUUAAAAAAUUCUCCUUUUUGAGCGAUUUUCAAGCAUCAGUU